AUGUCCGUCAACAACCGCCUCGCCGGCUUCGACCUGAUCCAGUCGCCCUAUAAAACAGUGGGCGACCAUGAAAUCAGAGCCGACUUCAUCAUCCCCAAGUCAGACUACGCCGGAAAACGGCCCAUCAUUGUGCGGUUUCACGGAGGCGGCCUGGUCACUGGAGACUCGCUCUACUUGGAAUGGUUCCCGCUGUGGCUGUUCGACAUGGCCCGCAAGUACAACGCCGUGAUCGUCUCACCCAACUACCGGCUGAUGCCGGAAGCCACCAGCCUCGAGAUCUACGAGGACAUCGAAGACUUCUGGGUCUGGCUCCAUUCUCCGGCCGUAGCGCAGCUCCUGGCAAAUACUUCAGCGCAGACCGAACUGGACCUCUCGCGCAUCCUCACAGCCGGCGAGUCAGCCGGCGGUCUGCUCAGCAUCUACCUGGGCCUGGCGCACCCGGACGCCAUCCGCGCCACGACAGCCGGAUACCCCUGCGUCGACAUGGCCUCGACACACUUCAGCACGCCUGCGCCCACGCCGCUGGCCGAUCCCCCGCUGCCGGCGUCCUUCGUCGCAGACUUUCUCGCCCAGGUGCAGCCGGGAUCCGUCCGGUCUUCGGCCAUCCUGCCAGAGCGUCUCGACCUGAUGAUCGCCGCCAUCCACUACGGCGACCUGCUGGCGCUGUAUGAGCGGGGCACGGAGCACUGUCCGCAGCGCGCCGUGCGCUUCCCCCUAGAGAAACUCGAGCAGCCCGGGGCGAGUCUUCCCCGCGGCGGGAUUGCCAUCCUGCAUGGAGUGCUGGAUAUGGUGGUGCCCAAGGAGGGAUCGGAGAAAUUCAUCCGCAAGGCGAGCGAGAUGAUGCGCGGAACGCCCGGGGGAGAUCGGUUGGUGCUCACAUUGCGAGAGGGCGAGCAUGGCUUUGAUAAUGAUACACCGUUGGAGGAGCCAUGGCUGCAGGACCAUCUCCGGCAGGCAAUCGAAGCAUGGCUGGAGUAG